ACCCCAUGCUGGCUCGGUGUUGAAACCAGGGGUGUCUUAAGGGCCUGGGGGACAUGGUGACCACUCCAGGACUGAGGACACCCCUGGGACCUGCCCUGAAGGAUUGGUGGUCACCCUUGUUGACUGAAGUCAGCGAGCCAGGUUCUACUGUGGGCCCUGUAUUGACUGUAGACAGAACCAGCCCAGAGCGCUGCUGUGUACAUUUCUUGGAAUGAAGAACUGAAGACAGCCUCCCCGUACAGGCUGGCUUCCAAGAUUACACCUUCUCCUGCUCCUUUGCCAACUCUAUGACCCUCCAAGACUUCUCUGCCCGGCUCAGGAAUGGCAACAAUGAAGCCGGCAGCUCAGCUACAGUUCCAGAACCUCAUGUCACCGAGCAGGCCCGGCCUCCCUCAGCCUACCCCCAUUCACCAAGAGAAAGUGGCCAAGCUAUGUCCUCGGGUCCAGAAUGAUUCCUGUCCAUCCAAGGAGACAGUAGUGUUACCAUCGCGGGAAGUGCCUCGCCUGCGGGCAGUGGUGGAGAGCCAGGCCUUCAAGAACAUCCUGGUGGACGAGAUGGACAUGAUGGUGUCACGGGCAGCCACGGUCAUCCAAGCCAACUGGAAGGGCUACCGGCUGCGCCAGAAACUCAUCUCCCAGAUGACAGCAGCCAAGGCCAUCCAGGAGGCCUGGCGACGCUUCAGCACACGCCGGCUGAUGCACUCCAACAAGCUGACUGCUAAGAAAGUGAAGAGAGAGGAGGAAGACAUCCCUUACCACCAGCCACAGCAGGUGCGCUUCUGUGCCCCAGAGGACCAACCACCAGCCAUGGUGACUAAAGAGACUCAGUUCCCAUCCUUUGACAAGCUGGUCCUGUCACAAGCCACAGCAGGUCCCUGUGCCAGCAGAGUCCCCAGAGGUGGUCUCCAGCCACAGUGUGUGAUCGACAGAUCCACAGGUACUCAGUAUCAACCGUGCAUGUUGACCAAAACUGUUCGGAGCUCUUGUCUCACGAGACACGUAGAGGGGGACAGUCUGAAGAUCAGGCAUGUGGCUUCUAAGACCGUCAAAGUGGGGACCCUAGAGUCAGCAGCAACAGGGAUAUAUGGCCAGGCCAUUCAUGGAUCCCUGAAGACCCAGACCCAGGUCCACACAGAAACAGAUGUCCCCAAGGCCCCACUACAUAUAUAUCCAGUCAACAAGACCCCUACCAAGGUGUGUCCAGUGGCUGCUGCUAUCCCUAAAUCCCCAGGCACAAUGCCCACAGCACCAAAGAGUGCACCACAGACACGCCCCAUAUACCUAGCGACACCCAUGAAGAUGCAAGCAGCAACCAGCCCGGCCUCCCCAAUGAUGAGGCCCCCGGCUCCUGUGCGACCCAACUCUUCACUCUCUAACACCACAGCACAGAUGCGUUCCAUGGUCCCAGGGACCACGGCUCCCAGGGUACAGCCCCCAGGGCCUGCUGUGGCCUCUACCAUCAAGGCCUUACCAUGCUUUGGAGUUCCUGUCACUAAGGUCCUGCUGCAAACUCGCCCUGGGUUCACAGCAACAAAGACCUCACCCCAGAUGCGACCGAUGACCAGAAGCCAAGCUCAGACCUACACAGUGUCCACCUCACCCAAAACCACCCAGUCAAGCCCCACGGUCAAGCCUUCACCUCAGACGCGCCUGGCAGCUAUAAUAACCAAGACCCCAGCUCAGUUACGCUCCGUUGCUGCUGUACUCAGGACCCUGUGUGGUGGUUCAACUGAGGCGGAAGACUCGAGUCCCAAGUAUUCAUCCCAUAGUCCAGUGGCUGCUGGCAACACUCCAUCCCAGGUCCACUUGAAUAGCACAAAGGCCAAGGUCGCCGUGAACACCAAGCAGGCCGCCACGGUCGUCAAGGUGGCUUCUCAGUUAUAUUUGGCAGAGGGCAAGAUCAGGUGCGGGUCCCAGGGAAAUCUAGACAGCAUAGUUCCUAAGCCUUCAGCCAGGUCUCCAUCGGACGUAGAGAAGAUGAAGCCUGGUCCCACAAGGGCCUCCAAGAAGGAAGCAGCUUUCAAAACUAACACAGCCAUUGCAACCAGAGCUCUGUCUUGGACAAAAGUGAUGGAAGAUCGGAGCAAGGCCCUGACUCAGAUGGAGCAGAGGGCAGAGAUUGUAAAGGUUCACUAUAGGGUGUACAUGCCUGAGGAGGUUACUGUGACCCUGACCCAGGCCCAGCUGGCUGUUCCCCUGACCAAGAGCUCCUUCCAAACCCCGCCAGCACCCUGCCAUGCCCAAACUCCAUCGGCCUCACCCUUCUGUAAAGCCGUGUCCCAGUCUUGCACACCCUCCAGGCUGACCCUAGGCACACCUGAAGGACGGCAUCCCCCUGUAGGUCUCUCUGCCUCCCUGUCGUCCUCGCCACUGGCCACACACUUGAUGUCGCUCACAGCCCAGCUCCAACCUGCUUGCGAACAGGCUAGAUCUCGAGAUCAUCUGACCACGGCAUGUCCAGCCUCGGCCUCCCUGCACACACGCUCCUUGGGAAUGACCUUAGUCCCUCCUGAAGCACACCCAAACGCAUAUUCGCCCACCUCUGCUCCCCAGCACCACAUGGCCUCUCUCCGAGCAAAGAGCUCAUCUCAGCUGUGUCCACCUGCUGAGCGUGCCAAGACCUCGCACACUAAAACCACCAGGGCAACGUGCCAGGUCUGUCCAUCCGCUAAGCUCAGCAAGGCCCCAUCCCUGGCCCAGCUCAUCACAUGUCUGGCUAAGGUUCCGUCCCAGGCCCAGCUGCCCACUGAAACAGCCAAGUGUCUUUUGGCUGCCCACCCUACCACUGACCUCAGUAGCAAGACCCAGUCGCAGACAUUCCUGAGCUCUUCCAAGGCAUCUGUCCAGUUGUGGCAACAUUUGGGGACACUUAGCGCUGGAGCCCGUGCCAAGCCAGAUGACAGGAGCGUGGCCCAGCCCCAGCUCCAUACCCAUGCACCAAACAAGACCAUGCAGAACCUACGUACAGUAGCCACCGAUAGCCAAGGCAUGCUGGUACCUGUGAUGACUCCCAGUGGACACUCUGUGUGCAAUGCAGAAUCCUGGGGUGACACUGGACGGGCACGGACCCCACCUCCAUCCCCUAUGCCCAACCAGGCAGUGUCCUGCCAUGACGACCUGGCAGCAUCUGUUGCAUCCCUAUGUGCAGACCUGGUGGCCAUGCUGGGCUCUCCUGAGGACCUGCGUACACUCCUGGUCAAGACACUUUCUCAGGGGGAAGUAAGGACUGCAUUGAGCCAGGCCCUAUCCCGGGAGGUCCUGGGGCCAUCUGUGGUCAAGGCUCUGCCUCAAGGCAUGCUGGGAAUGGCACUGAUGAAGGCACUGUCAUGGGGUGAACUGGGUGUCUCCCUGUCCCGGGCCCUGUCCCGUGGUGAGCUUCGUCCAGAACUCAACAAGGCCACACAGGGCAAGCUGGCCGAGGUCCUGUGUAAGGCCUUGACAGAAGAUGAGAGGGCCACGCUCAGCCAGGCGCUGUGCCAGGGUGAGCUGGGUGCUGUCUUCACUCAGUCCUUGGCCCAGAUGGCCCAGAGGACAGGCACCUUCCUCCCUAAGGCCACCUCAAAAACAGUGGGGAGUCGGAUGACCACAGCACCUGCCCCAGUGGAGGUGACUUGCAGCAAGAGUCUGUCGGUGGCAUGGGGAUCUGCGCUGGGUCCUGUAGGAGCACGGUGUAGCAAGGUCAGGCCAUGGGAGGGCUUGACCUGGGAACAGCCUGAUGGGAUCCUGUGGGAGAAAAGGGUUGGGGUCACAUUGGAAGGGUCACCCUGCUCGCCACAGUCCACCAUAGACUCUUUUACUGGUGGGAUGGUCACCAGCACUUACAACUGUCCCCUACUCAAAAUACCCACACUGUCAGGGGAGCUAGGUUCGGUCCUUUAUUCUGGUCUAUAUAUGAAGUCAUUGGGUCUUGAUUCCAUGGCAUGUGGUGAGGGUCCCCAUGUCCCCAAGCGACCAUCCCAGCCACCACCUCCUGGUCCAUGGAAGCCACUUGUUGCCAAUGGUAUAGGCCCAAGCACUAACCAGCCAACAGUAACCAGUAAUACCACAGCCCCAAGCUCCCAGCAGCCAUCUGUGGCCACCAGGGUACCCUACCCAGGGUCGUCGUACAGAGAGGGCAACGUGGUGGCCAGCAAGCACUUGGGUCAUGUGGGUGAUGGGAAGUCCCCCAUGUCCCCAUGGCCCUCUACCGCUUGUCAUGGCAAUGUGUGUCAGUGUUCAACACCGGGGAUGCAUAAGAAGUCUCCCUGUAGCUAUUGCUCUUCCCUAGUCAAGAGUCACAGCUCAUCGCCCAAGGAGACUUGUAGGCAGGUCCAGCUGUCAGGCCACAGACGAGUAACGGCACCACCAGGCAGUAAAAACACGGCCACCAUAGUGAGGAAUGUAGGAAAUGAACAGUGUAAUGAUCAGCCACCAUCAGUGUUCCUAAAUCCUAAGUCACAGAAAGUCCCCAGCAGGUCCACCCCCAAACAGGAAAAACACCCCCACGUGUCCUCGACCUCACCCCAUUCCCUGAGCAAGGCUCCUGGCCGCCGCCACAAGUCCCUUCUUGAUGAGUUACUAGCCAAGAUCCCACAGCACCCACAGAUUGUGUUAGGCAAGAGCUAUCCCAGGGUCCGCUGCCAGGACAGCUGUAACUCUCAGAGCUCCCUGCAGAGCAGCCCUUCAGCUAGCUUGCCGCCUUCAGAGGUUCUGGAAUGUAGCAGGGAGGAUGACAUGCAGGACUUCCAGCCCAAAUUGAAGGAGAUCAGAGACGCGAGGUACAGGCUUCAGGGGCAGCUGGAGAGAACAUGUCCAGCUGGUCUUCAGCGCACGCUCCCCAAGUUCCAACAGCCCCCUCUGGUACCUGAGCCUCUCCUCUCAAGCUCCAGCCUGGCCUCAAAUCUCCACUGGGAGUCAGAUAGUGGGUCAGACUAUAGUACUGGGGACCUAACUGAGGGACUGUCCCAGGACACAACUGCAACCUCACAUAGAAGGGGUCAGGUUCAGGCCAGGGGCCAGAAACCAAAUGGGGUCACUUGCCUGGAUUCUGUCCAACCCAAAGACAAAUUGGCUCAUGGUAGAGUCCUAAGCCCUGGACAGGCAUGCAGGACCAGUGAGGGAUCUCAAUGCCUAAGCCAAGGGGCUAAGGCCAAGGGGCUGUAUCCAAGUUUAUCUCAGCCUGCAGGGUCCAGUGCUGUGUCCCCAAGCCUGGCUCAGCCAUCCACGGGCACUGGGGUGGCCCCAAACCUGGCCCAUCCACCUGCUGCCACUGCUGUGUCCCCAAGCCUGGCUCAGCCAUCCACGGGCACUGGGGUGGCCCCAAACCUGGCCCAUCCACCUGCUGCCACUAGAGGGUCCCCAACUUCAGCCCAGCCAUCCAUGGACACUAGAGUAUUCCCAGGCCUGACAGAACCACUGAUAUAUUAUGGGUCACCUACAAAUUUUAGUCAACCAUUUAUGUACGCUGGAGGGCCCCCAAUCUAUACCCAGAAACAUAUGGCCUCUAGUGUACCCGCAAACUUUAUGCAGGCAUCUGGUGCUGGUGUGGUGACCUUAAACAACCAGCCAGUGAGCAUUGGGGCAACUUCAGGCCAAGCCCAGCCAUCUGACACCACCCACAGAGCCCCGAGGCCCGCUCAGUCACCUCUGAGUAGGUGGCCACCGCCUGGCUCCUCCUCCAUGCCCACACAAGGUGCAGGGCAUCCAGAUUCAGUCCAGACAUCUGUUGCCACCGGGGUGUUUCCAAGCUUUUUCCAGCCAUUCCCAUCCUACAGCAUUCCUUCACAUUUCGCUCAACCUUAUAUGGCCACCAUUGUAACCCCAAACUAUGUGCAGCCAUGUAUCCCCCACAGCGUGUCUCCAAGCCUAGCCCAGGCUUUUGUGGUCAGUGUUAGGUCCCCAACCCUGGCCCAUGUAUCUGUGGCUAACAGGGCUUCUCCAAACCCCAGUCAGCCAACCACAGCCAGCACUGUGGUCCCUGGAGUACUCAAGGUGCCACUGUCCACCAGGGUGCCCCCAAGUCUGAACUCCCCAUUUCUGGCUCCCAGAAUAUACCCUGAUCUCUCCAAUGCACCCACGGCUACCUUGGGAGCUCUGAGCCUGUUACCGCCCACCGUGGUGUGUGGGAUGGGUCGCGGGGUCAGCAGUCCAGCUUUCCCCCUACAGCAGCACACACAGCGGAAAAGCAGUACAGCUCAAGGCCAGCCCUCUAUGUCCAACCAAGGGUGGGCACAGCCCUGUGUGAAACAUACACCAGGCCAGCCAUUGCUGGGAGUCUGCAGCAGCCCAGGUGGAAACUUGCCAAUAGGUACCAGGAACCGGUCCACCCCUCGGGAUUCCACAGUUCACUCAAAGCCGACCCAGGCUAGCAAGGGGCCCCCAAGUCCUGUGGCUCAGCCCAUCCAUGGCCUUGGCCAGCCUUCCGUGGCUCCUGCAGAGGACAAUGGCCUGGCUGUAGGGGCCAGUGUUCCAUGCCAGGCUUUGUUUAGGGGCAUCGCCCCAGGGAUGCCCCAGGGGCCUCUGACUACUGGACUGUUCCUAAGUGUGUGUCAGGGGGCUAACCCACCCCCCAUGGCUGCGUGGGCCUUGCCAGCAGAUGCCCACUGGCCUCAAAAUCAGGCUGCCAUGGCCACAGGUGUGGGCCAGAGCCCAUGCCCAGCUGCGAUGCCCAGAAUGCAGGUUCCAUCCAAGCUCUUCACAAACCAGCUGGGCACCAGCAUCCCUCAGCCCUGUGCCACUCUCCCUAUUACAUUAGACCCCCAGCUCUUCUCUAUGGCUACCAUGGUUCCACCCAGUUACCAAUAUGUAGGUAUGAUCAUUGCAGAUCCAGCAGGUGCUAUGGGUGGGGCUUUGCCCCAGGAUUCAGUAGAUGGAAAGGAGUCUGCCGCACCUGCCAUCAAGCCUGCAGUUAAAAGCAAGACUCCCAACCUUCCUCAGGUGUCUAUGACCAAGGGUGUAGGCAAGAGUGUCCCCCCUGAGUCCACAGUGAAAGAUGUGGUACAGAUUGCCCCCCCAGAGUCCAUGGUGGAUGGUGUGACCCAGAAUGUUGCCCCAGGGUCCACGGUAGGUGUCAGGACCCAGAACCUAUUGACAGAAUCAGUGAUUAGUGGUGAGGGUCAGAGACCCCACAGAGGCGCUGGAGCCAGUGAUGUGGCCCUCAACCUCCCUCCAUGCCCUGUGGGUAGCAGCAAGGCCCCUAGUCACCCUCAAGAGAUGAAUGGCGGUAGGGAGAACCUGAGCCCAGCUGGAGAACCCUCACCAAACUCCCAUAGUCCAAGCCUCUGCCCAAAUUUUAUGGCCAGCAGGACAAGUAACAUGGCCCCACUGGGGUCCAUGCUGGUAGGGAUCUGUCCACGUCCCUUUCAGGCAAUACAGUAUAGGGAAGCCGCCCAGGUCCCCUUCCUGGUACCAGCUGUCACCGGCCUGGCCAACGCUCACUUACCAGCAGCACAGACACUGGCUGAAGACCCCCACCACUCGCCCACAGUCUUGUCAAAUGCCUCACAGGUUAGUCAAGACCCGAGGCUGACAAAGCUUGUAGGUGUCCACGAUCUGACCCUGCCAAAGCCAGGACAAAUGGCUGACACAGGGUCCUCAACAGUGGCACGUAGCAUAGACUCUGUCAAACCUGAGGGCACCGAGACUGAGUCAAAAUUGGGGGCAUCACCGACAGGCCUUGGUGCCACAGGAAGGGAGUAUCACGGACAUGAGCCUCUGGCAGCUGAAAAUGCUCUCAGAGACCAAAUAUUCUCAAAAGCCCUGUUGAACAAGGAGGUUCCCAGACAAGCCAACGGUGUGCCCUCUGUCCCUAAGCAGGCCCCAAGUUUAGGUAAGCACUCCAUAGCCAGCGGCGUCACCAUUCAGCCCUUAGUCUCAGAAAACACCAGUGAGCCGCCCAGCCUCCACCCUGAUCACAGGGUCCCGAGCUUGCAGGAGGCCCCUGCGGACAACUCGAGCCAACCUGUGGCUCCUAAUGUCUCAGUAGGACCACAGCUGAGUACAGGCAGAGCUGGGUCAGCUGAGCUGCCUCUGGGGUUAGGGGAGGUCAAGCCUGGAAGCCCCAGGGCUGUUCAGAGUUCAGAGGGUACAGACUCAGCACCCCCACCUAAAAAUGGGGCAUCUAGUGCCUCCCAGAUGGGAGAACCUCAGGGCCACACCAAGAGUGACCACCAAGGGUCCCUCACUGAUGAAAAGUCCUACCAAUCCAAUCAAGGCAGUUUGGUUUCAGAAGUUCUAGAAGGUCCCAUGAACAGAUUGUUCCCCUUGAGUCAUCCAUUCAAGUCAGUACCGGGGGUCUCAUUAGACAGUCACAAGGAGCCCACAGGGACAUCCAUGAUGGGCAUCACACCCACCAUCCACACAGGGAAUGAGAGGAGACAGGAGGCAUCCUCAGGAGUUCGGAGGGUGUCUCUGGUCCAUGAGCCAUCAUCAAAUGGCUCCCAGAGACCCCUUCUUGAUGAGGCUGCCCAGGACACCAGACAGGCUGGCCCAGUAAGAACAGUGCUAAACCUCAUCGCACACCUUGAGCAGAGGCCCCCUCCUGUCACAGGCUCCAGAGUUAGCUAUGAUAGGAGUUCCGUGGUCCCAAACAUGCCCCAUGACCAAAAUGUUGAGUAUAUCAAGAGCUCUGUCACUGGAUGUGGUAAAGUCUCACAAAUCUCCAUUGCAGCUCUCAGUCAAAACCAACAGGUCACAGGCCCUAAAACUAGUUUUAAUGAAGCCUCUCAAAAAGUCUCCACCAUGCUCUAUGGCCACAGACUUCAACAUAUCACGGUGUAUGAAACAAGCCUCAGUGGGAGUUCCCAGGGCCCCAGAACCACACCCCACAGCCACAGACCCCAUCUUGUUACACACCCUAAAACUGGCCAUAAUAUGAUAUCCCCAUCCCCCACUGUACCCCAGGGCCCUGUGGAUGCCGGCCUGGCUACUGGCCAGUCAUGGAAUUCCAAAGUCCCCAACGUAUCGGUCAGAGCCACAGCACAUGCUGGGGCACCCCAAGGCAUAUGGCAUCCCAACAGGGGCUACAAGCCAUGGGACCCCUCUGGUGCAGAGGCCCUGCUGGACCGCAAGCCUUCAGCUGAGCUGCUGAUGUCAGUACAGGCCAUGGAGAAAGUUGUCGUCCAGGCCGUUGUCACCAUUCAAGCGUGCGCUCGUGGCUACCUGGUACGCCGCACUGUGAAAGUGUGGCAUCAAUGGGCUACCAUCAUCCAAGCUACAUGGCGUGGUUACCGGGUACGACGGAAUCUGGAAAGGCUGUUCAGGGCUACUACCAUCAUCCAGGCUGCCUGGCGUGGCUACUGCAUUCGCCGGACCCAGGCCCGGGUCCGACAGGUACUGCACCCUACUGCGCGGCCAGAGCACAGUGGCAGAACCCAGGGAAACUUGGACAACAGAAACAGCUCCGAGCACCGCUGUUUCCUAUCCUGUCAGCCAGAUGUCUGCAGCGUCUGCCAAUCCCUGGGUCCCCCAGUAGAGAGUCCGCCCAGCGUUGUGAUGCUCGUGGGGUCCCAGCCACGAACUUGCCAUGUGUGUGGUCACACGCUGUCCACACGCGUGGUGCAGGGCUUUGGCCGGGGCGUCUCGGGCCAGUCUCUCUCUGGAUGGACCUCAGCAUCCCAGCAGAACACCCUUCUUAACCAGCAACACAGAGCAUGCACCAUCAUCCAGGCAGCCUGGAAGGGCUACAGGACCCGCCGGCAGCUCAGCCAGAAGCAGUCUGCAGCCAAGAUGGUUCAGGCAAUGUGGAGGGGCCAUUACACUCGAAGCUGCCUCACCACGGAUGCACUCUUAGGAACAGGAGGCCCGUGGAGCAUCUCCAGGAACACUUCACGCUGCCGUACCUCAAAGUCUUACUCUAUGCACUGGCCUGGCGUCUAAGGCCCCUCCCUGUCGGCAAGAGACACCAACAUGGCCAUGUGGCCCCAUGAGUCUUGUGAAUAAAGCAUGCUACAGCCUG